ACAGCUGUUUGAAUGAAAUGGAAGGGGAGGAGAGAGAAUGCAAAAAUACGCAUUUAUUAAUAUACUUCAAUGGCGGUGGAAAAGACGGAAGAUGCUGCAGAUUCUGGUGGAAAAUUGGAAUGUGGCUACAGUUAGCUAUUGGUAUAUCCACCUGUUAAACGAUAACCGGAGGUUGAGAUAUUGGCCUGAGAGUAUCAAAUAAGACUCGGGAGUAUCACGGUACUUUUGAACAUCAAAUAGUAUCAAAAAAAGUACCAUCGUACCAAAUUUGCCAUCCCUGGUGCUGAUGUAAUUUCUGGAGUUGGACAUGUGCAAGCUGUCAGAUAGUUUGUACAGCCGCGUUGCCAACUUCACUUUUCGUCUUCUUCUUUUUAAAUUUUGCCCUACUACAGGGUGCACACGACAUCCUAGAUGAAGGGUCUUCGGUGACAAUGAUGGAUAGCUCUUUAGUGAGGCAGCUUGGACUGCAAGGUCGACAAAGUCAAUUGAAUUUGAGUUGGUAUGGUGGUAAAUCAGCACAAGAAGCUGUCAUGGUGGUGGAUCUUCAUGUGAGCGGUGUUAAUAAGAAGAGGAAAUACGCUUUGAAAAAUGUGUAUGGUGUCUCGAAUUUGAAGUUGCCUAGCCAGAGCUUUAAUGCGGAUUUAGUAAAGAAUUGUGGUGUUCCUUUAUGCUCCUAUGAAUGUGUGGCUCCAAAGGUACUGAUUGGUUUAGAUCAUUGCCAUUUAGGAUUGCCCGAUGAAAUAGUCCCUUUGGAAGAUGCUGGUCCAUAUGCUGCCAAUACGCCUCUUGGAUGGGUUGUUUUUGGAAACGUAAAAAUAGGUCGCCCUGGAACACAAACUUGUUUGCUGACAACACAGUUGGAUAAUUUGAAUAAUUUGGCGGCAAGUUAUUUUGAAACAGAAAAUUUUGGUGUUAAGGCUCUACCGGUGAUUGAGUCAAGAGAUGAUUUGCGUGCACGAGAGAUAUUGAGAAAUUCGACUAAGAGGGUUGCCGGAAGAUUUGAAUCCAGACAACUAUGGUGUAAUGAUGACGUAGUCCUGCCGGAUAGCUCGUGGCCGUGGCUCUAGAAGGCAGUUUAAAUCAUCAGGUCAGUUUCUCAGGUGGCUUAAAUGAGAUGGACGGCUCAACUGAAAAGGUACUUGGUAUGUUUUGGGAUCCAAAGGACGACGCAUUCAAAUUUGUUCUGAAAUUCCAUCGUGUGAAUUCUGACGUCAUCAGCGGUAAAAGGUGUCCCACAAAGCGUGAGUUAUUAUGUGUCGUAAUGUCAAUUUUUGAUCCAAUUGGUUUUUUGUGCCAUUUUAUGAUAACGGCAAAAAUUUGAUGAGAGAACUCUGGAGACAUAGUGUACUUUGGAACGAGAUGUUGCCCGCCGCAUUACAAAUGAUGUGGAAUAAUUGGCGCCAAGUGCUGAGAAAUGUGGUCCACGUUAAGGUUCCACGAUGGUAUCUUGGAAAUGGUUUGCCUUUGGAAUUAGAGCUGCAUGUUUUUGUUGAUGCCAGUGAAGAUGCCUUCGGUGUAGUGGCCUAUUGGAGAUAUACAACAUCUGAUGGAGAAAUAGGAGUGUCGUUUAUAUCUGCCAAGUCGAAAUGUGCCCCAUUGAAAUGUAUGACCAUUCCCAGAUUAGAAUUACAAGACGCCGUUUUGGGAACCCGAUUGAUGGACACUAUAAUGAAGGAACACGAUCUCAAUGCUUCUCGUCGAAUCUGUUGGAGUGACUCUACAACCGUCAUUAGUUGGAUUGGUUCUGAAAGCUGGAGAUAUAAACCAUUUGUUGCCCACCGGAUCGCCGAAAUACUUAAUUCCUCACGCCCGACUGAUUGGAGAUGGUUGCCUACGGAUAUAAAUGUUGUCGAUGACAUUACAAGAGCUAAAAAUGAAGUUGAUUUUGCCAUUGAAACACGUUGGUUCCAAGGGCCACAAUUUUUGUAUAAAAACGAAGCUGAUUGGCCGAAUAAGAAUUCUGAGAAACCUGAUAAUUUGUGUGAGGAAGAACUACGCCCCAAAUUUGUCAUGCUGGUUAGUACAAAUUUAGUUAUAGAUUUUAAUCGUUUUUCUUCAUUUCUCAGGCUUAAACGUACUAUGGCUUGGGUUCUGAGAUUUGUCAAUCGUUGCCGAAAAGAUGAUAAAAAUAAUGGUUCAAGGUGCCUGUGUGCCGAAGAGUUAAGGAUUGCUGAAACUAGUCUGUGCCGUCUGUCCCAAGGAGAGAGUUUCGCCUUUGAAAUAAACGUUUUAAAAUCUGGUGGUUCUUUAAAAAAGGAAAACGAGUUAUUUUCUCUUUCGCCUUAUUUUGAUGAAAAUAAUUUACUUCGAGUGAGCGGACGUAUUGAUGCUGCGAGUUGGUUGCCUUUAGAUGCUAGGCACCCCAUUAUUUUGUCGCCCUGUCACCGCUUUGCACAACUAUUUGUUGCCCAUGUGCAUAAUAACAUGAGACAUCAAAAUCUUGAGGCUACCAUAGGCGAAAUAAGGAAAAGGUUCUGGAUUCCACGACUACGAAAGCUGUUGAGUAAGACCACAUCAAAUUGCAACAUUUGUAAGAUUCGACGUGCCGUUCCAGUGGCUCCCUUUAUGGGAUCAUUGGCAAGUGAUAGACUAACUCCAUACGUCCGUCCAUUUACUUAUACUGGUGUGGACUAUUUUGGCCCAAUAAUCGUGACUAUUGGUAGACGUCAUGAAAAACGUUGGGUUGCCCUGUUUACGUGUCUCACAAUUAGAGCAGUACAUUUAGAAGUGGCCUAUGAUCUUUCGACUGAUGCAUGUAUUUUGUGUAUACGGAAUUUUAUAAAUCGUCGUGGCACCCCAUUGAAGAUUCGGAGCGACAACGGAAAAAAUUUUGUUGGAGUUAACCAGGAAGCCCAGCGAUUUGAUGAAGUUUUUGAUCUGGUUAAAAUUGAGGAUGAGUUGUCCGCAAAGGGAAUUGAAUGGCAGUUUAAUUGUCCACACAACCCUGCAGAGGGUGGUAUAUGGGAGCGAAUGGUCCAAUGUGUUAAAAGGGUUUUAAGAGUAACUCUAAAAGAAGUCGCCCUAAAAGAGCACACAUUGCAAAGUUUUUUAAUUGAAUCCGAAAACAUCGUAAACUCUCGCCCAUUGACUCACUUGCCUGUCAGCCCUGAAGGCGAAGAACCGUUGACGCCAAAUCAUUUCUUGUUGGGAUCUGCAAAUACGGCUCAAACACCAGAAGGUAUUGAAAUAACAAAGCCAGUGGUACUGAAAAAGCAGUGGCGAAUUGCUAGACAGCUACGAGAUCAUUUCUGGAAAAGAUGGAUUAUUGAAUAUUUGCCCACACUUACAAGACGGUCAAAAUGGUGUGAAUAUUCCAAGCCUGUGGCUCCGGGUGAUCUUGUACUAAUUUGUGAUCCAGCUGUUUCCCGUCGAGAUUGGAAGAGAGGUCGUGUCAUAAAUGUGUUCCCUGGCAGUGAUGGUGUAAUACGGAGAGCUGAUGUCCAAACAAGUAGUGGAAUACUUAAACGCCCGGUUUUCAAACUAGCAGUCCUUGAUUUGGAUGGUGAAUCGUUGCCGAUUCACGGUGGUGGGAAUGUCGCCUGAUGGCUCAUCAAUUUAUUAUUUUUAUUUUCAUUUAAUUUAAAAUAUUUUUGUUAAUUUAAAUAUUUUUUUGUGGGCUAUCCUAAUGUUUAAUUUUGUCUUAUUUACCAAAUUGUUAGUGAUACUUAUUGUAAGAUCAUUGUUGUUGUUUAGUUCAUUUGUCCGUUAGGAUUUUUUUUAUAUUGUUUUGCAUUCCUUUUUGUUCUCAUUUGUUUACGAACUAAACGCAUUCUUUGUCCCUAUAUUCUACUGCAGUAGUUUCAUUCAGUUUAUUUUUAAUAGAAAUAAACGGUUGCUCAAAUAUAUGCAUCAUUAAUUUCACAUUUGUGGUUCAUUUAUUUGGGACUUGUUAAAUUCGCUGUCCUCAACAUAAAGGCUCAGGUCGCAGCCAGCGACAGUAUGUGACAAAUUUUAACAAAUUAUAUUCAAAAUUGUAAUCUGUUGCGUGCACACAAGGUUUACACGGUCACAAUGACGGACAU